UAUUAUCAAAUUAAAAAAACAUCAACCAAGAAAACUAAAAAGCAUACAAAGUUUUGUAUACUCUUCAUUAUCUCCUUAUGUUAUUCUAAUAUCUAUCUAGUUCCUUGCUACCUUCCUCAUCCUCUUCUUCCUUAUCCUUCAUCUCUUGUUUGUAAUAUUAAUAUUUUUGGCCAAAACAUGGUUCUUGCUACACUUUUGCUAGCGGUUCUUUUCAUUGCUGGCCUCAUAAAUAUAAUCUUUUACAUACCUACCAACAAAAUUCGUGCUUUUCUUCAAAUCAUUUUUCCCACUAACAAUAGUAAUGUUAGUAAAACCAACUUGGUUACAACGACCAAGUUGGAAAAGGAUGCUAAUUAUGGGAAGGAAGAACUCAAAAAAGUGUUUUCGACUUUCGACAAGAAUGGUGAUGGAUUCAUAACAAAGCAAGAGUUGAAGGAAUCAUUAAGGAACAUAAGAAUCUUCAUGGAUGAGAAAGAGAUUGAUGAUAUUGUUGGCAAGUUUGAUUCUAAUGGAGAUGAGUUGAUUGAUUUUGAUGAGUUUUGUUUGUUGACUAGUGAGUUUAUGGGAGGAGGUGAAGGAGAGAAAGAAGGUGGUGUUGGUAGUAAGGAAGAUGAAUUGGAAGAAUUAGAGGCUAAUUUAAAGGAGGCUUUUGAUGUGUUUGACAAAGAUAAUGAUGGGUUAAUUUCAGUGGAGGAGCUAGCUUUGGUACUUUGUUCUUUGGGAUUAAGUGAAGGGAAUAAGAUUGAAGAGUGUAAAGAGAUGAUUAGGAAAGUUGAUAUGGAUGGAGAUGGUAAUGUCAAUUUUAAUGAGUUCAAGAGAAUGAUGAAGAAUGGGGGAGCAAAUCUCUUUGCCACAUAAUUCAUUUCAACCUCUACCAUCCUUACCUCACUAUCUAUGAUAACAACUUAUCCAACCCUAGCACGAUUUACAUAUAUUUACAUUCAAUUACUUAUUUUUGUAAAUUAUUAGUGAUAUCUAGUCUCGAUAUAAGUCUAUAUUUAGUGUGUGUAACAGUGUGUCAUAGAUGACAACAAAAACAUCAUUCAUGUAUAUAUUGCAUAACACAUAAAAUAGACCUUUGAUGUAGUAUUUGUAAAUAUUUGAUUAGUUUCCAAAGUUUUUUGAUUUGUAACGUUUGACUCA